CCGCGUCCGCGCAACCCAUGGAUCAUCUACCGCUCCAUUCGCCUCUCGAAAAUGCGAAUCACGGACGCUUCAGGUCAGAAGCUCAAACCACAAGCAGGUAUUUCGAAGGAUCUCGCUUAUGACUGGGCGCACGAACCGCCAGAAGUCCGUCGGUACUACAUUGAGCUUGCAGAGAUCGAAAAACUAGAGCACAAACGCAAGUAUCCCAAUUACAAGUUCACGCCA